GUUUUUGCCCUCUAUAGUGUGCGUGAGUAUAUUUUCCUUAAAAAAAAAAAAAAAAAGAAAAAAAAACCCACGCGACGAUAUAGUCUUUUUCUCUCUUUAUCUUUUUAAGUGGACUGUGGCAGUGGCCAGACUUCUAUCUAUUUUUUCUCACAUUUCCAACUUUCCGACAAAAUCAGAGCAGACUGCACUGUUUCGUGGUCGUUACAAGCCGAUUCCCCAACCUCCCCUCCUUCCUUUGGUGCAUUUGUUCUGUUAUUGCGGGUUACCUGUUGCUUGCCAUUUAUCCAGCAGGUCUUACCCUCCCUUUAAUUUCUAAAAACGGCUGUGUAAUGCCAGCAUGAGUAUAACUGUGUCCAGUUACUGCUGCUGCAGUUCAAUUGUUAAAUGUCCAAUUUUCAGCUCGCCUAUUUGCUCGCGCGCUUCAACGUUUUUGGAUUCUUUCCGUUUCGGAUCGUCAUCCCCUACCAAACAGCGGCAAACUUACUCUUCUUUGCUUAUGAUCAGGUUUUCUGAUACUGCGCUCUUUCAUAAAUUUCCCUAUUUCCGUACAAAAUUAGUUGUGGAUUUCUCUCAUCAUCAUCUGGCGUGCCUUCCCAAAACGGUAGAAGGCUACAAACCAGCGGACGACAACGAUGAUGGCGACGAUGAGGUGAGGGGCCAAAACUCUCAACUGGUUGCGAAGACACUCCAUCUGAUUCUGCCCGGAAGAAUUGCGUCAGUGAUGAAAGAAGCCAUACCCCAAGAAAAUUUGGCUAUUCUUACAGCUUGCAUCGUUGGUCUCUUAACUGGUCUCGGCGUUGUUCUAUUCAACAAUGCAGUGCAUGACAUACGGGACUUUUUCUGGGAUGGGAUUCCUUCUCAUGGUGCUUCAUGGUUGAGGGAGGAGCCUAUUGAAAAAAUUUGGAAACCAGUAAUCUUGGUACCUGUUUGUGGAGGUGUGAUCGUAAGCUUGUUGAACAAUAUACAAGGAGCUCUUGACAGUCCUUCAGAAGAAAUGCUGUCUAGUCAUUUGAAGGCUGUGUUGCGACCAUUUUUGAAGGCUGUGGCGGCUUCUGCCACACUUGGGACAGGGAAUUCUUUGGGACCAGAAGGUCCUAGUGUUGAAAUUGGUGCAUCUAUAGGCAAGGGCAUCAGUAAUUUGUUUGAGAGCAGUAGUCAAAGAAGGCUUUCUCUUGUGGCUGCGGGUUCGGCAGCUGGAAUCUCUUCAGGUUGUUAUUUUCUUACUACAGUUACUAAUUUCAUAGGAUUCAACGCUGCUGUUGCUGGGUGUUUUUUCGCCGUGGAAUCAGUACUAUGGCCAUAUCCACCAGAUUCAUCCACAUCGCUUACAAAUACAACUUCUAUGGUGAUAAUCAGUGCAGUUAUAGCUUCUAUAGUGUCAGAAAUUGGCCUAGGGUCUGAACCAGCAUUCAAGGUCCCAAUAUAUGAUUUCCGUUCUCCAAGUGAACUUCCGCUGUAUCUUUUGCUGGGUGUCCUAUGCGGGCUGGUCUCAUUGACCUUGUCUAGAUGCACGUCGUUCAUGCUGACAGCUAUUGAUCAUGUUCACAAGGCCACGGGGAUAUCAAAGUCCGUGUUUCCUGUAUUUGGUGGUUUUUCUGUUGGCCUGACAGCCUUAAUGUACCCUGAGAUUCUUUACUGGGGCUUUGAGAACGUUGACAUUUUAUUAGAAUCACGACCGUUUGUGAAAGGCCUGCCUGCUGACUUAUUGCUUCAGUUGGUAGGCAUCAAGAUAGUAGCAACUUCCUUGUGCAGGGCUACUGGAUUAGUGGGAGGUUAUUAUGCCCCAUCUCUUUUCAUUGGUGCAGCAACAGGCAUGGCGUAUGGGAAAUUUGCUAGCUAUGCAGUCUCCCAGUUGGAUCCUGUAUUUCACCUCUCCAUCUUGGAAGUGGCAUCACCUCAAGCAUAUGGCCUGGUACAGUUCUUUGGAAACUUGUGCUGAGAGGAAAGUGUUUAG